AUGGGGAACGGUGCCUCGCACGAUAUGUCUAAAACCAUAUACCUGGACGUAAAGGGCAAGCCACAGAAGGUGGAGAACUGUGACUCUGCAAGAUGGAACAGGAGCAUUAGUGUCAAUAUCCUCAACAAUGCCAGUAAAUACCCAAAGCAUGGGCAUGCACACGGGGAAGCACACGGAGAUGAACACGGGGAUGAACACGGGGAUGCACACGGAAAUGCACACGGGGAUGAACACGGGAAUGCACACGGGAAUGAAUACGGGGAUGCACACAGGAAUGCACACGGAGAUGAACACGAGGAUGCACACGAGGAUGCACACAGGGAUGAACACGGGGAUGCACAUGGGGAUGAACACAGGGAUGAACACGGGGAUGCAUACAGGGAUGAACACGGGGAUGCACACAGGGAUGAACUCGGGGAUGCACACAGGGAUGCACACAGGGAUGCACAAGGGGAUGAACACGGGGAUGCACACAGGGAUGCACACGGGGAUGAACACGAGGAUGCACACAAGGAUGCACAUGGGAUGAACACGGGGAUGCACACAGGGAUGAACACGGGGAUGCACAUGGGGAUGAACACGGAGAUGCACACGGGGGUGCACACGGGGAUGAACACGAGGAUGCACAUGGGGAUGCACACGGGGAUACACACAGGGAUGAACAAGAGGAUGAACACGGGGAUGCACAUGGGGAUGCACAUGGGGAUGCACACGAGGAUGAACACGGAGAUGAACACGGGGAUGCACACAGGGAUGCACACAGGAUGCACACGGGGAUGCACACAGGGAUGA